AUGAGUUGUAUUGAGGGUUUUAGAAGGAGAUUUACAUUAUCUGAUCAAAUGUCAAUUCUUGAUACAUCUUUAAAUCUCAGAGAUCUAUUAAGAGUAAGAGAUGAUCAUCAUCAAGAUAAUAGUAGUAGUAGUAUUAAUGUUGGUGGUGGUGGUAGAAAUUCACUUGCUGGAUUAACACUAGGUGCAGUUCUGGGUUGUGAAGAUAUUAAUGUUCUUAACAAUGGCAGCAGUGAUGAAUCAAAUCAUAAUCAUAAUCAAUUUCAGCUUCCACAACCACCAAUUAGAACUCCAAGUAGAACUCUUAUGGAUAUCAUUAAAGAUGAAGAAUCAGGAACAUCAUACAGAGGGCUCAGCCUUGAAGAAGAUAACAGCAGCAACAGCAAUAGUAAUAAACAGCAGAAGAGUUGGAAAUCAUUCAAAGAUCGUCUUCUUCUCCGAAAAGCAGCAGCAGCAGCUGGGUUAACAUCAUCAUCAAGUAAUCCGAUUGUUGUUUCUGAUGAUGAUUGUGGUGGGAUGGUGGGGGAAUAUUCUUCAAGUCCUAAUAACAGUGGAAUCAGAAGAAGAAGUUCUUUCUCAGUGGUUUCACAAACAACAACUUCAAUAGUUUCCCCAACUGUUGUUACUGAUCAUUUCCAAAAUGAUUCUAAUGAGCAACAAGGAAAUACAGUUUCUUCUAGUCUAGCUUCAUCAUCUUCUGAACCAGUUGUGAUCAUGAGAUUAGCAGCUGCAUUAGCUGCUGAGAGAGAAGAACAGAGACAACAAUCAGUUUUGUCAUCAUCAUCAUCACCAGUAGAUGCCCAAUUACAAGAAAACAGUACUACAGAUACUACUAGUACUGUUCUUCAAGUUGCAGUAGAAGGAGAUGAUCAACAAGGAAGUCCAACUAAUCAAACCCAAACCCAAACCCCAAUUCAGAAUCAAAAUCAAACCCAAACCCCAAUUCAGAAUCAAAAUCAAAGAGGGGUUGUUGUAGUUAAUGAAAAUCAGCCAUUAAGGGUUUCAUUGAUGGCUUUGUUAGAAGAGACAGUGGAUUACAAUAGACAGGAUUUGAUGGAUAUUGAAGAUGAAGAAGGUUAUGAUCAAGAUCAGGCAAUUGUGGUAGAUAAAGUCCUCCACAGUGAUAAAGAAAAAGGAUCAGCAGGAAUGACUAUUGAAGAAUACAAGUGCUGUGUGUGUAUGAUAAGACCCAAAGGAGCAGCAUUCAUACCAUGUGGACAUACAUUUUGCAGACUCUGUUCAAGAAAGCUAUGGGUUAACAGGGGUAACUGUCCUCUUUGCAAUAGUUUCAUUUUGGAAAUUCUUGAUAUCUUCUGA